UUAGUCGUUGAUUAUCUGUGGUAACUAACAGCAGCGUCUCAUAAACUAACGUAAUAGGUCUACAGCCACAAAGCUGGCUUGUGAUCUGUCAUCUGUCAGACUUGCUGUUGUUUGGAUAUCACGACCUUGUUAGUGAAUAUGUAAGAGCGAUGUAGACUAAUUGUUUUAAAGAAGACUACUUUUUGCCAUAUUCUCAUAUCGAAGAUACAUCACGGGCGCAGUCAUUCAACAUGCCAGCUGGGGUGUCAUGGCCGAGGUAUCUGCGAAUGUUAGGUGCGAGUAUACUGUCCAUGUUUGCAGGAGCGCAAGUCGUUCACCAAUACUACAGACCAGACCUGACCAUUCCUGACAUCCCACCCAAGCCAGGCGAGCUGAGGACUGAGCUGAUGGGAUUAAAACCAGUAGAAGAUAACGCUCAGGAACAAUGACAUUGUUUAUUUCUUGAUCAUUUUUACUUGUAUAUAUUUACAUACGUGUAUACAAUUAUGCUGUAUAUCUUCAUAGGCUACCUCUAUUAAAUGUAUGACAAAUA